AUUUCCCAGGAGAGCCCGAGGAGGCGGGCUUCUGGCGCGCGGUGCAUUAUGGGCAUCGCAGUCCCGUGCGUGCUCAAUGGCCUGUCACAGGGCUGUCUCUGGAGGCGAACCGGACUACAUUUCCCUUCAGUCCGCCGGGUAUCCCGAGGCCGCCUUGGCGCGAGACAUUUGCGAGCAGAGUGUCUCCAAGAUGGCCGCUUGGGGAAGGAGGCGUCUUGGCCCGGGCAGCAGUGGCGGCAGCGCCCGAGAGAGGGUGAGCUUAUCGGCCACAGACUGUUACAUCGUGCACGAGAUCUACAAUGGGGAGAAUGCCCAGGACCAGUUUGAAUACGAGCUGGAGCAGGCCCUGGAAGCCCAGUACAAGUACAUCGUCAUCGAGCCCACCCGCAUUGGUGAUGAAACCGCCCGCUGGAUCACCGUGGGCAACUGCCUGCACAAGACCACCGUGCUGGCGGGCACUGCCUGCCUCUUCACCCCGUUGGCACUGCCCUUAGAUUAUUCCCACUACAUCUCCCUGCCUGCUGGUGUGCUGAGCCUGGCCUGCUGCACCCUCUAUGGCAUCUCCUGGCAGUUUGACCCUUGCUGCAAGUAUCAGGUGGAGUACGACGCCUAUAAACUGUCCCGCCUGCCCCUGCACACACUCACUUCCUCCACCCCGGUGGUGCUGGUCCGGAAGGACGACUUGCACAGAAAGAGACUGCACAACACGAUAGCACUGGCCGCCCUGGUGUACUGUGUAAAGAAGAUUUACGAACUCUACUCCGUAUGAUUUCAGUAGAACAGGGAGAGAAGCAAACAACCCAGCCAUGAGAGACAACAGAAUACUCAGAUUGCCACAGUAACAUUUUUCUCUGUGAGGCAGUGGAGCCUGGGAAGAAAGGUGUUUGGUUUAAUACUUGUUUUAAAAAAAAAAAAAUGACACAGAUCACAAGUGUACCGAGGGUUUUUUCAACUCAUUACACUAAGACGUGGGUUUCUGUAACCCACGGGGGUCUGAGGCUGUGGAAGUCUGACUGGGCAGCGGAAUCUGGACGGAAGCAGCGCUACUGAGGGGUGUGAACGUGCUUGGGAGGGGGGGGUCUUUAAAUAUAUUGUUUAACUGUACCAUUCAGAGCCAACCAGAAGCUAUUGACCAUUAAAAUUAUGAGAAUUUCAA